GUUGUUGUAAAUCGGAUAGAUAAGGUGACAGAGUUGAUUUAAAGUCGUCAUAAUAGGCGGUAAUAGACACGAGAAUAACUCGGAAACGUGAAGUGUUUUAAGUUGCAAGGAUUGAGCCAACGAAUUGUUCCUUGUUUAUUCAUCAAAUAUUUCAUACUAAAAGUGGAGCGCCUCUGAAGCGCUGGUGUUUGAUGCACUUACUUCUUUUUAUAAAUAUAUUCUGAAAAGAUACCAACAACUCGGCCUAAAUGGUGAACAAUUCAGUAGCUCCUAGAAAAUCCCCGACGCCACCAGGCGUGAAAGGAACGAUCCCUGUGCCUCCAGCGAGGAAGAACCAUCCCAUGUCGAAUUCUGGUUCUAAAAAAGGUCAUUCAGCUCCAACUAAUAAGAGUCCCGUCCGAAAUCCGGGGCAAAGACCUCAAGGAAAAGUUCUCACUAAGGGCCCUGACUCGCCGGCUCCAAAACAGAAGGCUGAAGUUAAGAGCGAUACAGCGUCAGGGAGCGGGAAGAAGAGUUCUACAGUUUCAGUGAAUGUUGCUCCCACAGCCGAUGGAAAUUUGCAGGCGACGACUUGUAGGAGGGGAACCCCAGUGCAGCAAAACGCGGGGGCUACUUCUAUUGUGUUGGUGAAUAGCCAAGUGCCUCUCGUUAAUGUGCAACCAUUGCAUCAAUUACAAGCUCCACAGCAACAACAGUCCCCUGCUCAAACUUCGCUUGAACUUCCAAAGCAGGAGCAGACUAAUCAAAUUCAAUUACCGAUAAAUGCUAAGCAAAAUGGAUCCGUAAGUGAUAAUGAAUCACGAAUUCAAGAUGCCAUAAAUCAAUUUCAUCAAAAUGCAUCUGAGUCUCAACAUAGUCUAGAAACUCACAGGCAACAUAAUGAACAACUACCAAAUUUAGGCAUUAUAAUUGAUCAAUCGUUUGAUCUGCAGCAACCUGUAAAACAACAAUAUAGUCAACAAAUACAAAAGCUGGAGCUAGGUCCUCAAACACCUCAACAACCACAGAAAUUUUCGACUCCAAUGUCGCAAGUGAUGGAUCAGACUUCACCGAAGUUUAUACAGACUUCACCGCUUCAGUCCCCUGAAAUAAGCCUUCAACAAGCGGAUAUCCAACAACAAAUUCUGAUGAAACAGCGUCAACUCAAGCCCGCUCCCAUGCCUUGCAUAAACGGCGUGGUACUCGACCAGCCUCUAAACGCUAGCCUCGACAGCUCCCCUAAUGAACCGAAAAACCCUUUCUUUAAAAGCCAGAUGAUUAAAUCUCCUAAAUUAGGUCGUAGAGUUUCAUCACCCAACUCGGGAGUUUCACAAGAUCAGUUACUGGUCGGAAAUGAAUCUGUGAGCGAGAAGAUUCCCGGCUUCCUGAGAGGUAACGGACUUCGAAAAGGAAAUUUCUCAGGAUUUCAACCUCGAGUUCAAGCAAAACAGAUUCUUGGUCAUCACAUCAACCGCCGCUUGUCGCAGACGCAAGGUCCUGGAUGUGCAUCGCAGCCUAAUUUCGCGUACAGUCAAGGAGACUUGACAGAGAACACAUCAAAUCGUGGAUCGUCGAACAAUUUGAUGACAAUGGCCGAUUUUUCCAUCAGUACGCCUGAAAAUUUGGCAGACCAUAACACGGAAGCCUUUGGAACACUAAUGAGUGCGUUACAGAGCACCCAAUCAGAAAUGUUACCUCAAACAUUACCCAUGUUCCCUUCACAAACAAAUUUCGUUUCCCCGAAGCAACGAACUUCCUCCAUAUCAUCAACUAGAUCAAUGACCCAAGCCUUACAAGCAACCUUGCUUCCUCAGCAAAGCGUUCCCUUCGAGGCAACCCAUGUGCCUACAUCGGCCUCGAACGCAAUCACCGAGAUGACCAACUCUCAGGAAGCUUCAAAAGAAAGUCUUUCUAAAGUUGAACUGCGCAGGACUUCAAUUGAUGAAGCUAGCCCACCAAGUGAAGGAACUGGAACGUUGCUAAAAUGCAAUCCAGUUAGGAGCCAAGUCUUCCCAGCCCAAUUCAAGAAAAAUAAAAUAAUUGGACAUAAUCUAGCUGCAAUUAACCACACGUUCAAAGCUUCUACAAAUAACCAGGUUGAACAUCCAAUUUCGGAAGCAGAAAUCUCUUAUGUAGAAGUUAAGCCCGAAGCUGUGGGAGUCGAAACUCUGUCAGGCGAUGUUUCCAAAAUUCAAAGUGUUGUUUCAGGCAACUCUGCGUCUAAUACGAACCUUUCCAAUGCGUCGAAUAUUUUGCUGGCUGCUAGAGUCGACACGACUCCAAUGUCACCUACGACGUCCAUUACUGAGCCAGCACAGAAGAGUAUGUCCACUGUAUCACUGAUAAAUAUCAAUGAUAUGAAAACCAAAGAAUGUAUCGCGCGCGAAUUAGUAGGCAGUUCUGAUUCCGGAGUUGCCACAGAAGCCCACUGCAAUGAAGAGAAAAAAGCUGACGCAAUACCAAAGCCAAUCAUUACGUCAUCGGAAUCAAGCGCUGCUAUGACUCCUCGACAAAAAGUCGACGACAUUGCCAAGGAAGGAAUGACGGAUAAAUUACCGGCAGAAGUUCCUCUAGCAAAGCAACAUGAGGCAGGAAAGGAAAUUCGAGAAAGAGAGGUCACAUCCGUAAAGCAGAGAAGGUUUAGCGAACUCAAGAACUACAAGAUCGGAGAGAAGAGUAGACUGCAGGCUGAAGCACAAGCAGCAGCGCUGGCGGAGGUAGCUCUGAAGGAUCAAUCACGGGCCAUGAGCGCGGCUGCUGGAGACUCGGCCGCUUCUGCUCCAGCGCCUGAUCAAUUACGGGCCAAAUGCGCGGCUGCUGGAGACUCGGCCGCUCCUGCUCCAGCGCCUGAUCAAUCGUGGGCCAAAUGUGCGGCUGCUGGAGACUCGGCGGCUGCUGCUCCAGCGUCUGAUCAAUCACGGGCCAAAUGCGCGGCUGCCGGAGACUCGGCCGCUGCUGCUCCAGCGCCUGAUCAAUCGCGGGCCAAAUGCGCGGCUGUGGGAGACUCGGCCGCUGCUGCUCCAGCUCCUGAUCAAUCGCGGGCCAAAUGCGCGGCUGCUGGAGACUCGGCCGCUGCUGCUCCAGCUCCUGAUCAAUCGCGGGCCAAAUGCGCGGCUGUGGGAGACUCGGCCGCUGCUGCUCCAGCUCCUGAUCAAUCACGGGCCAAAUGCGCGGCUGUGGGAGACUCGGCCGCUGCUGCUCCAGCGCCUCAGACGAACGCAGUGGACCCGGCGCCGGGAUCCGACCGAUGUCUCGACCGCAACAACAACAACGACGCCAUGGAGGAAAUGUUCCGUAAAUUGUACGGGAAGGAACUGGCCGCACUACAAGGCCGAUAUGACGGCCAAGUUGAGAGCUUGACGGCCUUAUUGGCCCAAAAAGAGCAGGAAUUGGCCAGGGCCAAAAGUGAGGCGGCCGCGGCACUGCAGGAGGCGCAGAAGCAGAACAGGAAAGAACAGGAAGAGAUGAAGCUGAAACUUGAGCGAGAGAAGCAGGAGCUAGAAGAGAAGCACAGAAGAGAGCGAGAGGAAAGAGAAGAGCGUGAACGGGAAGAGAGAUAUACGAGAGACAAGGAAAUAAAAGAGCUGAGAGAGAAAGAAGAGAGGCGUAUAAGAGAAGAGCAAGAACGAAACGAGCGUAAGCGAAAAGAAGAAGAGGAAGAGAAAAAAAUAUUAAUAGAGGACAAAGAGCAAAGUAAUGACGAACAAGAGGAACAAGAAACGGAAGAAGAGAGCAGUAAGAGGGCGUUAGAGAAGCUACAAGUCGAAAUGUUGUUGCUACGUCAACAAAAUGAAGAAUUCGAAGAAAUGGUCAGAGAAAAAUAUCGGCGUCAAGUGGAACUCGAGGUGCAGAUCGGCGAGAUGAACAAAGAAAUCGCAUCCAAGGAAGCCAACAUACAAAGCGUGAAGGUAGAGCUGAGUUACUCUAAGAACGAGACCGAGCUCACGAGAGGUCUGGUGAAGAGACUGACAGAGGAGCUCGAGGAGCUCAAGCAGCGAGUCGAGAGUCUUGAGCAGGAGCUAGAGGCCUCCGAGAGGGAGCUAAAGCGCAUGGAAAUCCUACAAGAAAAACUGCAAGUCACGGAGGCCAAGAAGAAUGAAAUGCAGGCACAAAUUAACGACAUUGAACUGGAGCGCGACGAGGAGAUCAAAAUCAUACAAGACGCGCUAGACGAGGCAGCGGAGGAGCGAGAGGAGCUACUGACCACAUUCGAGAAGGAGCUUGAGCGUCUCACGGCUCAGAACGCCGCGCGGGAGGCGCAGAUGUUACUUGAGUUCGAGGAGAAACUCAAGGAACUUGAGCGCCAGCACAAAAAACAGAUCGAGGACAAAGAAAGAGAAGCUAAGGCUGCACUGCAGCGCAACAAAAGGAUGGCUGAUGAAGAAGAGGUGCGACAGCGUCUUGAGAAGCUCAGGAGCGACCUGAACUCUGAGUGGGAAGACAAGCUACGUCGUGAGUGCUCCCGACUCAAGGGUGAGCUGGACGAGCUUCACGCAGAAGAGAAGCAUCUCGCUGUCGAGUCCGUGAAGGUUCAGAAGGAUCAGGAGCUUCAUGCCACCAAGAAAAAUCUCGAGGUCAAAGCAGAAGCUUUAAAUAAAGAAAUUUCGACGCUGAAGGAAAGUCUGGUGACGAAGGAAGAGUUGUACCAGCAGGAGCUGGACGACGUAAGGACGCAGGCUGACCGCGACGUGUGGGAGCUGCGACGUAAGCUGCAGAGGCUCGACGAGACGACGUACGAUCGUCGUCAGCAGCUCGAGGACAAGCAUCGGGAGGAGCUUGAGCGCCUGCGCGAGGAGUAUGCAGAUAAGCUGUCGGGGCUGGAGGCGCAGCUAGCGUGCGUAGACGUCCGAGGCAUGGAAGACCUCAGGACUAAACUGGAGACUUGCCAUAAGACUGAAGUGGAGCACCUGUGUCAGCAGCACCGUCUCAGCAUGGAGAGGCUGCGAGAUGAGCUGGAGGCUGAGAAGGCGCAGGCUGCAGAGGAGGCGCGGGUGCUGGUCACCAAGCACCACGAGUACAUCAUAGAGGGGCUACGCGACCAGCUGGCUGAGGCUGUCACUACUGCUGCACAGUACCGCGACGAGAUCGAGGCCAUCAAGUUCGCGUUGUCGCGGCGUGAGGAAGUCAUCCGAUCGCUGGAGGAGGACGUGGCGAGGCUGCGAUCCUCCAAAUGUGGCACACCCUCGUCCCCCACACCAGCCCACUACACAUCACAGUCCCCCAGCAACACCCAGGCCCCCGUUGCCCCCUUCCAGUUCCCCCAUGAGGGGUCCCAGGGCUCACGCAGCUCUCAGGACCGUCUCAGCAACGACACGGAUGAUGAUGGCCAUAAGGGCAGCGGCCUGCUCGGUAAGGUCUUUGGAGGAGGAUGGUUCUCUGGAGGCCGGGCUAGAGAGUCGUCAACCGCUGGCUACAGCUCUCCUACAGGAGGUUCUUCUAAGAAGAACCGACAGUCAACGUGAUCUUUGGCUACGUUGACGUUCUGCUAAAGUGAACAGCGAAACGGGAAUGAACUCAAAUGAAACGCUGGGAAUAAAUUCUCAGGAGCAAUCCCGGACCAAAUGAUCUUGGUUCUUCGAUAGUCUGGCACUGUGUAGAACAACUUGGACUUCUGUCCUGGAAUGUUGAAACUCUUGCGGGUUCGAACUUGCGCGAAGUUUAAUGUCUUGCUUCAGCCAUCUGUAGACUCAUGUUGAAGCGAAGUUCGAACGUAUCCUGAAAUUUUUCUCUGCUCGCAGAGACUCGAACCAUGGCACGCAGCUCCGGAGAGGAGGCAGACAGCUGUCGAGCGGCAGCCCGAAUGAAUUUCGUAGCCUUUCCUAGAAUGGGAAUGCCGAUGUCUAAAAGACCGUGACCAGGAAGUUGGUUUGAUAUUUAACAUUACACUGGCAUAUUUAUGAAGAUAAAUAAAUUUGAAUUAAAUCAAUGCGUGAAAUUUGUUGAGGUCAACCAGGUAUUUUUCAAUUAAUUUAAUUUAGCGCGUGUUUGAUAAGCAAUAGCUUCAAUAAGAAUGUUACGUGAGAAAUUGAAAUCAGUAGAAGGGAUUAUGAAUUUUGGGGCCGAGAAAAAAGGCCAUAGGAAUUGUGUCCAAUUCACAGAUAUAUUCAAAUAAUAUUAAUUAUGUUCAACAAUAAUUUUGACAGAAAGUUAAUUAAAAAUUUUAAUCGCACCCUACAAUCAAUAAACACAAUAUUGUAACAAUACGUACAACAAUGCAUGAAUUCUUAAAUAUUAAAAAAUCACAACUAUUUCAUUGAAAUGUAAGAAAAAUAUC